GGGUUCAACUUAACGGGUCAUGUGAUCAACCGGAGAGACGUGAAGGGAAGGAUCCGUGAUCACCGGCUGUCAGCUGUCUCUUUCACCCUGAAGACACCGGAGGAAGAGGACUAAACAUGUGCACCAGAGUCCAGCCCGUUGAAUGGACGGCCGACCUCAGGAACCAGAAUUUUGAUGGCAUCGUGUUGGUGACCCAGAGCCAUGACACGCUGCCCUCUGAGCUGGAUAGUCUGAAAGCUCCGCUGCAGGACUACAGCUCUGUGGACAGUGGUCUUGGGGAGGAAGUGGUGGUCCUGAAGGUCCCUGGUCUUCCUGGCAACCGCCUGGUGUUUGCCUCCUGCGGACCAGUAAAUCGGGACUACGAUGAUGUCAGGCGCUUCAGUGACGCUGCAGCCAACGGCAUCAAGCGAGCUCUGAAAGCUGGCAUGCAGCGCCCCCUGCUGGUUUGCCCUCCACACAAAGAUUAUAAGAACAGCACCAUUGUGGCUGCACUUGGGGCCCUUCAGGCUCUGUACAUGCCACUGGAAGUGAGGGAGGCAAACGUCAAACCAUCCGACUACAAGGUGUGUGUUCUGGGUCUGUGGGCUCCUCAGGAGUCAGAGGGGAGGAGACUGGUGGAGCUGGCUGACGCUAUGGAGAGCGGGAGAGUGGCAUACCGUGAUAUCGGUGGCUCUGAUCCUGAGCGUAUGGCUGCUCCUCGUGCUGCCGAGUACGUCCAGGAACUCUUUAAGGACAGCCCUGUGCAGGUGGAAGUGUUGAGCGACCUGGCAGUCCUGGAGAGAGAGUAUCCCUGUCUGGCUGCAGUUAACCGCUGUGCCAACUGCGUGCCUCGUCACCAGGGCAGAGUUAUCAAGCUGCAGUACUGUGGAGCAGGACCGGUCUCAAAGACACUCAUGUUGGUCGGAAAGGGCAUCACCUACGACACCGGUGGAGCAGACAUCAAGGCUGGUGGUUUCAUGGCCGGGAUGCACAGGGACAAGUGUGGAGCUGCCGCUGUUGCUGGCUUCUUCCAGAUUUUAGCCAAGCUGAAGCCCAAACACCUGAAGGUCAUUGGCUCCAUGGCCAUGGUGAGGAACAGUGUCGGGGCAGAGUGCUAUGUGGCUGAUGAACUGGUGGUUUCCCGCGCUGGUCGCAGAGUGAGAGUGGGAAACACAGACGCUGAGGGCCGUAUGGUGAUGGUGGACCUGCUCUGUGAGAUGAAGGAGAAGGCCGUAAAUGAGACUUCCCCCGAGCUGUACACCAUUGCUACUCUGACCGGUCACGCCAUCAGAGCCAUGGGACCCAACUACUCCAUCAUCAUGGACAAUGGACCAGCCCAUCGUAACAACAAUGCUGCUCAGUGGCAGAAAGCCGGAGAGCAUUUGGGCGACUUGUUCGAGGUGUCCAGAAUCAGAAGAGAGGACUACGAGUUCCAUAAGGGCAAGUCUGAAUAUGAGGAUAUUCUGCAGUCUAACAACCUGCCUUCCUCUGCUACCCCUCGAGGACAUCAGACCCCUGCAGCCUUCCUCAUCAUGGCCUCAGGGCUGGACAAGCAUGGUGUGGAUUCUGGCACGCCUCUUCCAUACUCCCAUGUUGACAUCGCAGGAUCCAGUGGUCCUUUCCCUGGUGUCCCAACAGGAGCUCCCAUCGUUGCAAUGGCAGCCAACUACAUCCUGUCUGAUAGUCUCUAAACACGUAGUGUGACAAGACUUCAGUUCUGUAUCUCAAUCCCAAAGUUAAUUUUGUAACCGUCCAAGUAUAAAUGAAAUUCCUGCCACAACAAGUGAUGCAUUCCUGUACACGUCAGAGUACUAUUCUGUAAGAAUGUUCUCUGCACCCUUUUCUAAAAUCCUGUGACAUUUAUCCUUCACCAAGUGUCUAAGGACACAGAUCUCAAGUGGCCUCAGUCAGUACAUACUCAGGGGUUAAUGGCAGUAUAGAAACACCAUCCUUUUUUAUAUGUCUGUAUGUCUGCAAAGAACUGGGGACACGGUUGUGUGAUUUGUGGCGCUGCGUUUAAGUCAAACCAAACACUCCACAUGGAUCAAUAAAACAAAAAGACUUCAAAAGA